CAUCUGGUGUGACGUCAAGUGGGGUGAAAUUAGCGCGAAAUUUAAAAUACAAUUCGUUAUCCAACAACUAAUUGACGUAUUGGACAGAGCAAUGACAACUCAAGCUGAAAUUCCCUAGACUUCCCUAGCGAAGCUCACAAGAGUCACAAGGUCGUUGAUGCCACCUAACGUCACAAAUGGAUGCGCAGACCAUUUUUAAAUUGGUACAUCGGAUGCCUAUACCAUGUCUCCUUCUACCAUGUUCCGUUCCGUUCGUCUGUCACCGAUCCGGCAACCCUGCUUCCUCUCAUAAAAGCUGUCAGUUGAUUUCCCAUCCGAGCAACUUCAUUAAUGUCAAAAAUGAAGAUGGCUGAUGGUUCUACAGUGGUGCGGAGAAAUCGGCCAGGCACAAAAGCCAAGGACUUUUGCCGAUGGCCCGACGAACCGUUCGAGGAAAUGGACAGCACUUUGGCUGUCCAGCAAUACAUACAGCAGCUAAUCAGACACAACCCUGCCAACAUCGACUUGAUUUUAAAAAUGCCUGAGUCUCAAGAUGAAGGGGUAUGGAAAUACGAGCACUUGCGGCAGUUCUGCAUGGAAUUGAACGGACUCGCGGUCCGGCUUCAAGGCGAGUGUCACCCGGAAACGUGCACUCAAAUGACUGCCACCGAACAAUGGAUUUUCCUUUGUGCCGCUCACAAAACACCAAAAGAAUGCCCUGCUAUAGACUACACGCGCCACACGCUCGACGGCGCCGCUUGUCUUUUGAAUAGUAAUAAAUACUUCCCCAGCAGAGUCAGUAUUAAAGAGUCUUCGGUAGCCAAGCUGGGGUCAGUCUGUCGACGAGUCUACCGGAUUUUCUCGCACGCGUAUUUCCACCACCGGUCGAUUUUCGACGAGUUCGAAAACGAGACUUGCUUAUGCAAGAGGUUUACGCAGUUCGUGACGAAGUAUAACUUGAUGUCAAAGGAUAAUCUCAUUGUUCCAAUUCUCGAAGAUGAAAAUACACCAGGGGAAUCUGAAGCGUAGGUUAAGUUAGGUGUAUGUCUCUAGGACGUUGUCAAAUUUCUUGAAUUAGGUUGGCGUGGAGUUGUGUACACUCGAUUUCUACAUACCUCUGGUAUUGCGACUUGUUCAUACUGAACAGAUUUUUUUCUUAGGUUUAAGCUCAUGUUCCAACUAUCAAGUUUCAUUCAUAGUUUAUUUUUCAUAUUGUCUAAUAAGUGUGAAGUUCUGUGGCGGCUCUGAGCCCUAUAUGCUUGUUCAAGCAACUCACCAUACAUGUACAUGUGGAUUCUUGUAGAGAUGAAAGUGUAUAUAUUUAUUUUGAUUUAGAGUUGGUUAGAAAUGUAAUAAACAUGACAAAUAAAUUAUUGUAGAUGAAAAAAUUUAA